AAUUUUUAGAAUUUAGAAUUUAUUCACUUACUCAUAUCUUCUAGCUUGCUUCUACAUUAUUGAUUCCAAGUAUAAAUACUCAUAUCAAACCUUCUCUUUUUUCCUCUAUUUUAAUUUCUUUACUUUUCAUUAUCUUUCUUCAGAUAUUGUUAUUAUUUCCAUUACAUUACAUUUUAUUAUAUUAUACUAUACUCGACUAUCGUCUUAUCCUACUCGACUCUACUCAACUCGACUCUACUCAGCUCUACUCCAUUACACCUGCCCACCAUCUCCUUUAACCAGCAUGGGUCUCUUCAGCAAAGCCUACGAACUAGAUGCCACUCUAGAUGAAAAGAAAAACGAUCCCUUUUUCACCAACUUGGAAACAAUAACUGGAAACGUCAAUCUCAAGACUUAUUCAAAGACCUAUAUAAAAUCAAUUAAAGUGGUUCUAUCUGGCGUCUCCAGCACCUUUUAUUCCUACUUUGACAAUGGUUUCAAGACAAACUUCGUUGAAGAACACAGCAUUUUAAAUAAGGACUUUAUCCUAUUUCCAGUAGAAGACGACAAAAACUAUCUUUACAAAUUAAAUCCAAAAAAUCAUUCUUAUGAAUUAGUUCCAAACACUUAUCAGUUUCCCUUCAAAAUAUCUUUACCUGGCCCCAAUUUCAAUUUCAAUUGUGUUGAAAAUAAUCUUCAUAAACCGGGCUAUAAACCAUUAAUCAAGUCUCUUAAUAAAGAUGGCAUAUCUCUUCCAUGUUAUCUUCCUGCUUCCUAUGGCUACAAGUUGAAAAAUUCCUAUGUCAAAGUUGAAUAUUCCUUACAAGUUUAUGUUGAAAACAAAAAAUCAGAACUAGUACUUAAAAAAACAAUUCCUUUCAAGUUUUUGCCCAAGCCUGAGUUUUCCCACUUUAGUUUAAAAAGAAUUAACGAUAAGACAAUGUUUGAAUAUCAAAGUUUCACAUUUAAAUAUAAAGUAAAUGCAAUGAACUCAAGCUCAAAUUCAAAUUCAGGAUCAAAUGACAAUACCCCAAUUACAACUGCUUCCACAAUAAGUUCAGACAACUCGAAAAGAAGCUCAAUGAAAUUAUCAGCUACAGCAACUUUUAAAAAUUUCAUCAAAUCGACUAUAUCUGCCGAUGACAACAAAAUUCAAGUUCCAUUGAUUUUCCAAGUGGAAUUCAUAUCAAAAGAAAGAAAUUUAUACAAUUCAAAUUACAACAAUAGAAUAAUUAAAACAUUUGAAAAUUUGAAAAAUUGUUUAAAAAUAUCAUUAAUUGCUCCAUUAUCUUCCGAUGAUUUAUUGAAAUUAAUUGAUCCAAAUUCCAAAUUUGCGAAUGAAAAUAACAAUAGUUUGAAAAAAGGAAAUUUGACAGAAAAUUUCAACUUGUCCAAUUUCGAUAUUAGAUUGAUAUCAAACUUGACGUAUUAUAUUAAAGAUACACAAAAAUUUGUCUGUGAAAAAUUAGAUUUACUCAACAGUAAUAGAUUGAGAAAUUUCCAAUUUAAAUUUUCGGAUUUCCGAAAGGUUAUUAUCAAUAACAAAUUGUUUUAUAAAUAUGAGUUUCCACCAUUUCUAUACGACGCAGUGAUUGAAAAUGAAAUACCAUCAAUAUUAACAUGUAAUAUCAUUAAGAAUUAUCAACUACAGAUUACUGGGGAUUUAUUGUCGACAGUUUUUUCAUUUAAUUCCAGGAAAAUUGAUAUUGUAACAGAUGUUGUUUUAGUCAAUGGAGCAGGAGAUAUAUAUGAUAAUAAUUAUCAAUAUUUGAAUCAAUUCAGUCGUUAGUCAAAUUAAAAGAGUAUAAAUAUAAAUAUAAAAAAUAAAUACAAAAGUGACAGAAAACAAGAAGAAUGGAAAGAAAAAAAAAGUAAAAUAUAAAAAAGUUAUAUUAUUUUAGUUCAAUUCGGUUUUUUCGUCUUUUUAUUUUUGCUUUUCAGUACUUUC